UAUAGCCAGCAACUCUGCAAUGGGCCUGCUACUGCUCCUGCUGCGGCUAACCAAACAGCUCAUGCCUUUCUGAAGACAGCGAGCUAGGCCAGCUGAGGCUCUGUGAAGAUACCCCCAGAUUCUUCGGACUUUUUAAUUGACAGUCAUCCUUGGGAUCCCUCAUGAUGACCAACAGUUCAUUCUUCUGCCCAGUUUACAAAGAUCUGGAGCCAUUCACAUAUUUUUUUUAUUUAGUUUUCCUUAUCGGGAUUAUUGGAAGUUGCUUUGCAGCCUGGGCUUUCAUACAGAAGAACACACAUCACAGGUGUGUGAGCAUAUACUUAAUUAACUUGCUUACGGCCGAUUUCCUACUCAUUCUGUCACUGCCAGUGAAAAUUGUUGUCGACUUGGGUGUGGCCCCCUGGAAGCUGAAGAUAUUCCACUGCCAGGUGACAGCCUGCCUCAUCUACAUCAAUAUGUACUUGUCCAUCAUAUUCCUGGCAUUCGUCAGCAUGGAUCGCUGCCUUCAGUUGGUACACAGCUGUAAGAUCUACCGAAUACAAGAACCUGGAUUUGCCAAAAUGUUAUCAGCAGUGGUGUGGCUUAUGGUCCUUCUUAUUAUGGUGCCAAACAUGUUGAUUCCCAUCAAAGACAUCAAGGAGAAGUCACAGGUGGGUUGUAUGGAAUUCAAAAAGGAGUUUGGAAGAAACUGGCAUUUGUUAACCAACUUCCUAUGUGUAGCAAUAUUUUUAAAUUUCUCAGCCAUCAUUUUAAUAUCUAACUGCCUUGUAGUUCGACAACUCUACAGAAACAAAGACAAUGAAAAUUAUCCGCAUGUGAGAAGAGCCCUCAUCAACAUACUCCUGGUGACUACAGCGUACAUCAUAUGCUUUGUUCCUUAUCACAUUGUCCGAAUCCCAUACACCCUCAGCCAGACAGAAUUCAUAUCAGACUGUUCAACCAGGAUCUCACUCUUCAAAGCCAAGGAGGCCACACUACUGCUAGCUGUGUCAAACCUGUGUUUUGACCCUAUCUUGUACUAUCAUCUCUCAAAAGCAUUCCGCUUAAAAGUCACUGAGACUUUUGCCUCCCUGAAGGAACCCAAGACUCUCAAAGACAAAUCAGGGUGCGCUAAUGAAGCAUAAGCGAAAGGAUCUCUCAGGCUGCCACUUCCUACCUUUAGGGACCAUAAAGUUACAUUUUGAAAGAAAAAAAUGCACCUCAAUAGUAAAAUGCAGACUGCUAGCAAAUGUGGACUGACUUGUAAAGGCAACCUUGUUCUUCUUAUGGUGGUUGAUACAGCUUAACCCUGAUAUUGCUACAAAAACCUCAAGUCUCAUAGAAUCAAUGGCAAAGUCUGUGACAAUCUUAAAACACAAAAUAAGUCCAUGAUGCAGACUCAGAUAUUCAUUGAAAUGUCUAGAAAUGAUGUCUUGAUUGAAAAAUAAAAUAAUCUCCAUGUCCUUAAGCAACACAAUUUUAAAAGCCUUUAGAUCACUUAAGAACAAAAAAAGCAGGAUGCAUGAAACUACUUAUGCCUAAUCUAUUUUUAAUCCAUCAUCCAAAAAAUUGUAACCUUCACCUUAAUACUACAAUUUUUAAUACCUAAUUUUUUUCUAACACAAUAAACUAAAAAAUGUUUAUUUAUAAAAGGGCUUGGAAAUCUAUAAAUAAGUUUUAAGGUAUUUUAUGAGGCAUUCUUCAUCAAUUCACAAAAGGGGCCAGUGUUGUACAGCAGGCUAAGCUGCCACUCACUGCCAAUGCCAGCAUCCCAUGUUGGUGUGCUGGUUCAAAUAGUGGCUGCUCCACUUUCAAUCCAGCUCCCUGCGAAUGGGCCUGGGAAGGUAGUAGAAGAUGGCCCAAGUACUGGGACCCUGUCACCAAUGUGGGAUACCCAGAGGGAGCUCCUAGCUACUGGCUUCACUUGGCCCAGUCCUGGCUAUUGCAGCCUUUGGGGGGUGAAUCAGCAGUUGGGAAGAUUCCUCUGUCUCUGUCACUGUGCCUUUCAAAUAAAUGAAUCCUUUUUUAGAAAAGUUUAUGAAGUGUGUGUUAUGAAAAAAAUCAAGCAUUAUCUUUUAAUUCUAUUUUUCCAUGAACUUUCUGAAGUACUACUAUAUAUGCUUAGAUCCUACCUGUAGAUUACAAAGAUUUCCUAAAAAAAUUUUGUUUUUUUUACCAUAUUCUUAAAUUCUCCUCACAGGCACUAGGGCUUAGUCAGAUUUUCCCUUAUUAUUACGGGAGAGAACUAGAUUCCGGUGUCAAUGUCCUGUUAGCAUAGCCUUAUAUUUCCCCUACUGACUGUUUCUUUUGAACCAUACUCAUGAGAAAAGGGUUUACGGCAAUUGGUGAUGAAAAGCUAUUAAAAAAAAAAAAAACUAACUUAUGACAUCAACUGUCUAAUGAUAAAGCUGAUUUCUUUCUAUGUUAUAAUAACAUGAUUUGCUUAGGUCCUAUGAUGUUUUCUGAGGGAGUUGUCCUAUUAUCGUAAAAACAACUGUUUCAGACCUAGAAACUCACACAAAACAUAUGGAAACAGCACCAGUCAGGUGUUCUUCAAAGAGCCGCACUGUGAUAGGAACACAGCGUGGGCUAGGCUGACUAGCAUCACUGAUCCAGAAAGGCGAGCCUAGCCACCUGUGGGACCUCUACUCUAAAGUAUGGGUGACUCCAACUAUCAGGGUCACAACUGCUGAUCCACGUCUCACCACUCCCAAGGAUGCAGAAAGGAUUCAGCACAUGGCAUCAAUUAAAAAGCUUACCAGGGAAAAAACAAGACGAACAUAGGGAACCAUGAAGGAGUCCUUGUGCUGGUGUUUGUGUUUAUUAGCCGAAGCCACAAGUAGUAACAGUAGCUAAUGUGUUCGCAUUAUCUGCAAUAAUUUAAAAAUGGUAUUCCUGGAAGCUAGAAAAGUGCCUUUAGUUCCAAACUGACUUUUGCAUCUGAAGAAUUUUUUUCUGAAGCUUGAAACUCGUAUCUAUGCUUUCACAAAUAGAUUAUCUUAAGUCUGAAGUGAAUAAUAAGUGAGAAAAUAUACAAAGCACUUAUUUAAAAAAACAUAUGGUCAUUGCUGGACAAACUGUAGCUGGCUGGUAGGGAAGACAGAAAGUCCUAGCUGGCUUCACACAUCCGACUUGGGACUAACAACUCGGUAAGUUCCAGGCUACCACAAGGCCUACACAUAAAAACACAUUUUACUGAUGGGCACACAAAGACAUUAUUCUUGCAUCACCAUACACAUAAUGACUUUUUUAAACUUUUGUUUAAGUCCCUUUUAGAAUUCUCUCCUUGGUCUUUACUCACAAGGGUCACACCUAUAUUAGAUUUGGGGAACAUCUGAGACUCCGUUCUAAACCAUACUCUUUUAUUCUCCUCACAGGCUCAAGCGGUUACUGACAUUUUCCCUUUUUGUCAAGGAGCAGGACCAGACGCUCAAGAGCAUUCCAAAUGUCAAUGUCGUGGUAGCACAUGUUUUUAUUUCCCCUACUGACAGCUUCUUCUGAAUUGCACUCUUGGGGAAAGGUGGGUUAGGACAAUUGGUGGUGGGAGCUUAUUAAACCUUGUAUCUUACAACAUCAGUGGUCUAGCAGAUGUUUCAUGGUUGAGUAAUGUUGUGAGGCGACCCGGUCAUUGGAAAUCAUUCUGGCUUUCUUCUAAGUGCACAGACCUUGGAAUGGACAACUUUGGGAGUGACUGUCCCGAAAGGUCAUGUGAACAGCAGAAUAAAUCAGCUGGUGCUUACUGCCUUGCUAAGACACCCACGAGCACAGAGGAGGAAGAUCUUCAGAGCUCUGCCUCUCCAAGAAAGGAGCAGAGAACCCUCCAACCAUUCCAACAUUUUGCCAUAUUCGCUUUACUUACCUUCCUCUUGAACUUUUUCCUUUUGGUAUAAUUUCAGUUUUUUCAGAAAAGUUGCAAGCACAGUAUAGAGAAUUUCUAUAUACAAUUCAUCCAGUCUCUCCUAAGGUUAAAGCAGUACACAACCACGCUACAUUUGUCAAAAAUAAACUU